CUCUCUCUCUCUCUCUCGCUUUCUGUUUCUAAAUGUGGUUGUUUCAUGUCAACGGCAGACAUUUAAUUUGGCUUUGGAUUAUUCUGACAUAUUGACAGACCAGGAUUCAGGUAUGGAUAGAUCCAGUUUAGCCACAAUCUGGCAACAAAGGAAAUAAAUAAUGUCUGAUGAUCUGAAAAAGAAAUGUUUAGUCAAUGGUGUUUCACUAUUGAGUGUCAUGUGUUGUGAAUGUCAGUUUCAGGGGAUGUGAGAUCUUUCAUUAACUGCUCUUCUUUUGACAAGAAGAGUUGACAAGAAGGGUAAAAUAUUUUUAAUUCCAUCUGAAUUUAAUUGCUGUUGUGGUGUGUUCACCGUGUAGGUAUAAUAAGGAAAUAAUGUGAUCUAUCUCCCUCCCUCCCCCUCUCUCUCUCGCUCGCUCCCUCCCUCUCUGUCUCUCUCUCGCUCUCUCGCUCUCCCUCCCUCCCCUCUACUCAUCGAUAUAAAUCCCCUCCUCUAGAUAUAGCACCCCCCUCGUUGCCCCUCUCUCUCUCUCCUCUCUCUUCCUGCUCUCUAGCGCGUUCCCUCGCUCUACCCCCCUAAGCUCAGUCCGGGAGAGAAAUCUCGAUACCUAACUCUCUACUCCCAUCUUCUAUCGUCUCAGUCCCUCUCAUCACUCGCUCCUAGUCUUCUCCUCUCUCUCUCUCUCCUCUCUCUCUCUUCUCUCUCUCUCUCUUCUCUCUCUCUCUCUCUCUCUCUCUCUCUCCUCCCUCUCUCUCUCUCUGUCUCUCUCUCUCUAUUGGGACCGUUUUCACUCAUUUCACUCAGUAAUUCAACACAGCACCAUGAGUGAGUCAGUAGAAUCCACAUCAUCAUCAUCACACCCUGUAGACGAAGACCAGUCAGCCCCCUGCCCUGCUGCCACAGCCCCUCGCAGACCAGUCCAGCUCCAGGAGAGGUACACACAUCCAUGAUAUUCAACUCACGGUACCGUCAUUAUGGCCAUGAUAAACUAUAAGUGAAAAAUGAUGUAAAUGCAAUAGAGUCCCUGAUGUUUUGUCCUCUCUGUGGUUCCGUUCAUCCUCAGACGGGGCUCUAGUGUGUCCCUGGUGCUGGAUGUGAGCAGUCUCAGCCUGGGAGCGGUGGAGCCCUUGUGCUCCAUCUCCACUCCCAGAGAGACCAUCCUCCACCUGCUGAGGACCUCAACACGCCCUCUGACCCCCUCUCAGCUGCAGGAGGCGUCUGAAGAGACCAGCAGGCUGAACUCAGAGUACCAGGUCGGUAUCUACUGUAACUGCUACUAUGUGCAGACAAUUGACUGCAUGCAGGAUCAAGUUGAAUCUGGACCUUAAACCUGUCCAUUCCUUCCAACAGAAAAUUCCUCCAAACUUUGUGAACCCUUCAGAGCUGGAUAUCCCAGGACGUGCUUUAAAAGACAGAUACAAGACCAUACUGCCAAGUAAGUGACUAGGUAAAAUGUUAAGUAUAAGUUGAUGAAUGCUGAAACACACUGACACCCAGGCAAUAUACUAACCGAUGUAUAAAGUAUAAUCUUGUUAACCAGAUCCUGAGACCCGUGUGUGUCUGAGUAACCCCGCAGCAGAGGAGACGGGUGAGACUGAGAGAUACAUCAACGCAAACUACAUAAAGGUUAGAAUCAUCUGUUAUUAAGAGGGCCAUUGGUUUCUAUUUUAAUUUAAGUUAAGCAAACUUUAAAGUCAUUCUAGCCUUAUGGGGAUGAAGAAGUGUAAGUAGGUGGAACAUGAAGUCAUACAAAAAGAUCAUAAAAUGGUAUAUAAAAGGUCAUGUGAAAGUAUAACACACACAGUGCACAGUGGAUGUUAAGGAUGUGGAGGGUGAUACAGUUGGUUUGCGUGGGUGUAUCAUUAUGUCAACCAAGGAAACCCACAGGAAGUCAAAGUGGAAAUGACACAGCCCCAUAUCUUGCUGUUGCCCACGCAGGGUUACAACGGUGCACCCAGCUCCUACAUCGCCACCCAGGGCCCCAUGCUCAACACCGUGCAUGACUUCUGGGAAAUGGUGUGGCAGGAGAGAUCCACCACCAUCGUCAUGAUCACCAAGCUGAAGGAGAAGAACGAGGUAAGAUCCCAUCCUGCUUCCAUUGCUCUCCUAACCUCUGAAGGUCUACUAAGCUAACAUAUGGAAUUGUUUUAAGGUGGUCAUACCAUGGAUAAUUUAGCUAUUUGAUUUUGAAUUUUAGGACCCCUUUAGGUAUGAAACAAUUAAUAUAUAUACAUUUCUGGGGGGAUAGAAUAUUGAAUUUGGCCUUUCCUACUAAAGCCCAUAGAAACACAUUGAAUAACACAUGAAUAGAUGGCAAAAAAGACAGUCAAAAAAUAAAUCAUAAAGAAUAAGGUUUUGAAUUGCUUGUCCUAAAUCUAGGAAAUAUUGUAGUUUCUUUGGGCGCUUAUUUAACUCCCUAUUUCUGGGGGCACAAAAAUACCCCCAUACUUCCAUUCAUUUGUAUGGGUUACCUUCCAAGAGUCCCCUUUCCACAGUGGGGUUAUAUUAGUCUGUAGCCCAAAUGGUUUGGACAGAAGUUGGCUCAUCAGCAAUACCGAAUUCAGACGAGUCCCGUGGAGCUUGUGGGGGUCAUAGAGCAAAACCGAGAACACCAUCGUUUUUGUGAGAGUCUUAUCUUUCCAUAGAGUGGUCAUGUUAAUUUGCACUGACGUUUUCAUGAGAAGACCGAUUUUCAGGAUGUCUCAUGGUCUGACAAACACAGCUGUAGCUCGGCCACCUUCUACCGCAGAUGUGGAAGGCCGACAUAGGCGCAUGCAGUGGAUUGAGACGCUGCCCAUGCAAAAAAGCAGAUAUCUCUAGCUUAAACUGAUAGAUUUUGAUGGGGAUUUUUAAAUUAUGUUACUUAGAUUGAUGCACGGGUGAGUCAAAAAACUAUUAUCUCCUUAAGGGUUUCCUUUGACGGAUCCAUUGGUGGUAAAGCAGGGAUGGUUUAUAAUACCCUUGUAAGAGACUUUGAUUCAUGUCUGAAGUCUACAGAAAGUGUGUUCUGUGUUUCAGAAGUGUGAGCUUUACUGGCCAGAGAAGGAGGGCAGCUGUGGCAGAUUUGAGCUCCGAGUGGCCAUUGUGAAAGAAUGUGAUGGCUACACAAUUCGAGACAUAAUUAUUCAGGUGAGAUAGUAGGUUAUUGUUGUCUGUACAGUAAUCUCAUAAUGCCAGUCAAAGCGCCGGGUUACACAACUUUCAGAACUUCAAAACUACUGAAUUAAUUAAUGAAGGGAUGGAUGAACGAAUGAAGCAGAUAACUUACUAACAAUAAUGUGUCCAACAGGUGGGCUCAGAGAGCAGGCAGGUAAGGCACUACUGGUACACCUCAUGGCCAGACCACCAGACCCCAGACUGCACUGGGCCUCUGCUCAGACUGGUGGCAGAUGUGGAGGAGCACAGGCAGUCCCACCCCAGCCUAGGAACCACCAUCGUCCACUGCAGGUCCCACUAAAAUAACCCUUAACACUGACUCUCAUUAACACAACCCUUAACACUAGCUGUCAUUAACUAUCACUGUGAUAAAUGUGUCCUUGAAAAGAAAAUAGUCAUAGGCUAAUUGAACGGUUCACGCUUCCAGCAUGUUUAUGCAGUAUAUAUACAAAAGUAUGUGGACACCCCUUCAAAUUAGUGGAUUCGGCUGUUUCAGCCACACCCUUUGCUGACAGGUGUAUAAAAUCGAGUACACAGCCUUGCAAUCUCCAUAGACAAACAUUGGCAGUAGAAUGGCCUUACUGAAGAGCUUAGUGACUUUCAACGUGGCACCAUCAUAGAAUGCCCCCUUUCCAACAAGUCAGUUCGUCAAAUUUCUGCCCUGCUAGAGCUGCCCCGGUCAACUGUAAGUGCUGUUAUUGUGAAAUGGAAACGUCUAGGAGCAACAACGGCUGACAGAACUGGACCGCCGAGUGCUGAAGCACGUAGCACGUAAAAAUAAUCUGUCCUCGGUUGCAACACUCACUAACGAGUUCCAAACUGCCUCUGGAAGCAACGUCAGCACAAGAACUGUUCGACUGGAGCUUCAUGAAAUGGCUGUCCAUGGCCGAACAGCCCCACACAAGCCUAAGAUCACCAUGCGCAAUGCCAAGCGUCAGCUGGAGUGGUGUAAAGCUUGCCACCAUUGGACUCUGGAGCAGUGGAAACGUGUUCUCUAGAGUGAUGAAUCACGCUUCACCACCUGGCAGUCCGACGUACGAAUCUGGGUUUGGCGGAUGCCAGGAGAACGUUACCUGGUGGAGGAGGAAUAAUGGUCUGGAGCAGUUUUUCGUGGUUCGGGCUAGGCCCCUUAGUUCCAGUGAAGGGAAAUCUCAACGCUACAGCAUGCAAUGACAUUCUAGAUUAUUCUGUUCCUGUUUCAGCAUGACAAUGCCCCCGUGCACAAAGCAAGGUCCAUACAGAAAUGGUUUGUUGGGAUCAGUGUGGAAGAACUUGACUGGCCUGCACAGAGCACUGACCUCAACCCCAUUGAUCACCUUUGGGAUGAAUUACAAUGCCGAUUGCGAGCCAGGCCUAAUCGCUCAACAUCAGUGCCCCGACCUCACUUAUGCUCUUGGGCCUGAAUGGAAGUAAGUCCCCACAGCAAUGUUCCAACAUCUAGUGGAAAGCCUUUCCAAAAGAGUGGAGGCUGUUAUAGCAGCAAAGGGGGGACCAACUCCAUAUUAAUGCCCAUUAUUUUUGGAAUGAGAUGUUUGACGAGCAGGUGUCCACAUACUUUUGGUCAUGUAGUGUAUGUUAUGACACCUAAGGGAGACUCAUUUCACAUACCAUGUCAGUCAGAAUUAAACUAUUACAACAAUAAUUUAGGGUUACUAGAUUGAGUUCACUUACUGACGACAAAGGUGACUGCUAUGGAAUUAAUUUUGUGUUACGUACUGUAUGUGGACUGUGUAUUGCAGGCAAAUACUGUAGCAGAGACUGGAGAAUAAAUACAUGUCCUUUCCAACAAGUCAGUUUGUCAAAUUUCUGCCCUGCUAAGUUAGGACCGCUUUCUGGAGUCUCUUUGUAUUUCCAAUGUCUCCAUCACAUGUUUCUCUGUCUGUGUGUUUACAACGAAGGCCUCUGUGUAGACUGCCUUCACGUUUGUUUCAUAUUUUAAAAAGGGGUAAACAGUAGAAAAAGGUGCCAGGGGGAUCAGCUUAGAGUCAGACAGUGCUUUUAUGCUGCGACUCUAUUUGACGUAAUUUGUCAUGUCCUCUCUAUUACAGCGCAGGGAUUGGUAGAACCGGCUGUUUCAUCGCCAGCAGCAUUGGAUGCCUGCAGCUAAAACACGCCAGUAAGGUUGACGUGCUUGGAAUCGUCUGCAAGCUACGCCUCGACAGGUACUAGCCACUACACACUGCUCUGCUACGUUUCAACCAAACUCUAUCAAGUAAACUAAAAGUGCAGUUGUCAUAGGGAUCUUAGACGCAGAGCUGUCCCUAGCUUGGGGAUGCUGCCCUAAAGGAUGCUGCUCUUUGCGGUUUUAGGCUGGGUAUCUGUAAAUCACUUUGUGACAACUGCUGAUGUAAAAAAGGCUUUAUAAAAUAAAUGUGAUUGAUUGAUUGUUUGUGUUGUGUUGUCAGGGGUGGUAUGAUAGAGACCAGUGAGCAGUACCAGUUCCUGUACCUCACCCUGGCUCAGUACAGUCGGCAGCUGGUGAACACAGACAGUGGCUCAGAGAGCCCUGUCCCUGUCCAGACCAGCAGUACUACAGGGGAAAUGCGGUGACAGAGAAAGCCCAGCUGAAACUCUGUCUUUCUGCAUGGGAGAACACGCUUCUGGAACUCGUGUCUUUCUGCAUGGGAGAACACGCUUCUGGAACUCUGCUCAUAUACUGGCUGUGGCCAUCUCAUCCCCUUGACCGUGACAGUUAUUGUGGCAUUUUUAUGGGCACAUGGUACUGGUUGGAAUUGUAUUGAAAUUCAUUAAUAAUAAUUUUGUCCAUAUUUGCUACCAUGAUAAUAAAUAUGUUAUGCCCUUGACUUUAAUUAAUUGCAGUCCACUUGACAUGCUGAAGAAAAAAUACAUAGUAGGUUAUUAUUUCUUGUUUUUCCAGGUUCCAGGUUGAUUUGGUAAUUGAUUAAUAAAUACAUUUUGAUAUGGUAAAUAUAAUUGAUCAAUACAUUUUGAUAUGUAAAACAGAAAGUGAAAUACAGAAGAGCUACAGUAACGAUCCCCUUCUCUCCAGCAGAGGGCAAGUCUCGUGAAGUGAGAGUACCCUCUUUAUCGAGCACUCCUCUCACUGGGUUUUUCUGAUUAGCAUCAUAGCAGCAACAUUAGUAUCCCG